CGGAGAGCUCCAGAGGUGCGCCUGCGCACUGACCCCGGCGGGCCCUAGCAACCAGAGCAGUGACGGUAGCAACCGCCGGAAUGGCAAAAGCAACAACAAUCAAAGAAGCCCUGUCCAGAUGGGAAGAAAAGACUGGUCAGAAGCCAUCUGAUGCCAAAGAAAUAAAGCUGUAUGCCCAGAUUCCCCCCAUAGAGAAGAUGGAUGCAUCUCUAUCCACACUUGGUAACUGCGAGAAGCUUUCCCUGUCUACAAACUGCAUUGAAAAAAUUGCCAACCUGAAUGGCCUAAAAAACUUGAGGAUUUUGUCCUUAGGAAGAAACAACAUAAAGAACCUAAAUGGCCUGGAAGCAGUAGGAGACACACUAGAAGAACUGUGGAUCUCCUACAAUUUUAUUGAGAAGUUGAAAGGGAUCCAUGUAAUGAAGAAACUGAAGAUUCUCUACAUGUCUAAUAACCUGGUAAAAGACUGGGCUGAGUUUCUGAAGCUGGCUGAGCUGCCUUGCUUGGAGGACCUGGUGUUCGUAGGUAAUCCCCUGGAGGAGAAACACUCCGCCGAGGGCAACUGGAUCGAUGAAGCAACCAAGAGAGUGCCCAAACUGAAGAAGCUGGAUGGUACUCCAGUAAUUAAGGAGGAUGAAGAAGAGGAAAGCUAAGGCUGUACUUUUUAUUUUGUGUUAAUUUAUUUAAAUGUUAUGAGAAAAAUAGAUAAGUUUUGUAUAA